UUUUUGUUUUUUUUUCUCGAAGCUGAAGUCAAGUAAAACUGAAAGAGGCACACACGUCAGGACCAGCCGUGGCUCUGGGGUCCACCCUCCCGGGGCUCCAUGCCAGGCAGACGGAGCAUGCGAGUCACACUUGCUUUGACAGCUUGGAUCGUUUCUGUAGUUCCCAGUCAUGAAUAUACAGCAAACAGUUUGCCAGAUAUCGAAAAUGAAGAUUUCAUCAAAGACUGUGUUUGGAUUCAUAACAAGUUCCGAUCAGAGGUGAAUCCAACAGCCAGUGCUAUGCUAUACAUGACGUGGGAUCCAGCACUAGCCCGAAUUGCAAAAGAAUGGGGAAAAAACUGUCGGUUUGCACACAAUGGACAGCUGCACUCGAAGAAGCUGCACCCGAACUUCACUUUUGUGGGAGAAAACAUCUGGACUGGGUCUGUAUCCAUAUUCUCUGUGUCUUCAGCCAUUACUGACUGGCACAGUGAAAUUCAGGACUAUGACUUCGAGACUCAGAAAUGCACCAAGGUCUGUGGCCAUUACACUCAAGUUGUCUGGGCAGACAGUUACAAAGUUGGCUGUGCAGUACAGUAUUGCUCCACAGUUUACAACAUUAACAGCUUAACCAAUGUAGCGCAUUUCAUAUGCAACUACGGACCAGGACAAAGCUAUCAAAGGCCAUACAGAAGAGGAUCUACUUGCAGUGCCUGCCCCAGUGAUGACAAAUGUUUGGACAAUCUCUGCACUAUUUUCAGGGAAGCUGGUGUCAGGUAGCAAUCAAGCCAAUGGCUUACUGUCAUGGGAAUGAACAUAUAUUUAAGGUAAAUUUAAGGAAGCAAAUAAUAUCCUUCUUUUUAGCUUUAAUCAGUACAACAAAAAAUGACUAUGAGGACAGAAACUGUAGACCCAAGAUUUGCUCAUUUCAGCAAGAUCAAAAAAACUCCUGAUUUGUAAACACUGAUUUCUCAUCUUCACUUCAGGUACAGCCACACUUUUUUGAUCAGCUCUCUGAGCAGUCAUUUCUCCCCUAGUUUGACCAUUCACUUCGCUCACAGCAGUUUUGUUAAAGGAACUCAGUAACAUGUAGCAAUGAAUUUCUUCUCCUAGCAUCAAUGUAUUAACUGAAUUUUUCAUGUUGCUACAAUACUACAAAGCGUAUUAUUUUUUUUUUCCAAGUUAGCCAGUAUAACAUAGGAGUUAAAACCCACACAUUUUUGAAACAGUAUGCCCAGGUUCAAUUUCCAGUUCCACCACUGUGACCUUGGGCAACUGUCUGAACCAAUUUCCUCAACAAUAAAAUGUAGAUGGCGCCCCCCAUCUUUUUUUUAAAAAACAUAUAAUGUAUUAUUUGUUUCAGAGGUACAGGUC